ACUCGAAUUUAAUAAUAUGUGAAAAAUAAAGAGCUGAUUAUCAAGCUAAAGUAGAAAUGUGAAGGUUGCGCAACCUUGAUAAGACAGUUUUUAUCUUAACGUCUCUUAAGAUGUCGUUCGUGACUUCCGUACGAGAUAAAAGGUCAAAUAAUUUUGGAAGAAUUGUUUCCCCAAACUCUUGUAGUUGCUAUGAAAGCAAUUACUUGCAUUAUCAUUGCUUAUUUUGGGUUAUCGAGUGCAGAUACAAUACCUGAAUUAGCUGAAAAAUUGAAUGGUUUAAAAUUCGUGAAGCUACUAGACGAUGUUGGACUAACUGACAUGUUAUCUGGGUCAGGUCCGUUUACAGUUUUUGUACCCACCGAUAAUGCAUUUGAUGCUUUAGCAAAUGAUGUAUUAAAUAAAAUGACUAAGGACAAGGAGAUGUUAAAGUCUGUACUUUUGUUCCAUAUACUAAGCUGGAAGAUAUAUACCAAGGAGUUAAAUCAUGAGAAAAGGAUACCUACUCUUAAUAAUAACAUGAAAGUUAGAAUCAAUCUGUAUAAUAAGAAAAUAGUAAUAGAUGGAAGUAAAGUUUUACUUGCUGACCAAAACGCAACAAACGGUGUUAUCCAUGUCAUUGACAAGGUCCUUGUACCGUUACCAAGUCAAAACAUGCUACAGUACCUAGCCAGCAAUGGCGAGUUUUAUAAAUUCAUCCAUUCGUUUGUGAAGGUCAAACUAGAACGAAAAUUAAUAGAUGGGCCUUACACAUUAUUUGCACCAACAGAUGCAGCUUUUGAACAAUUCCCUCCAUACCUUUUGAUUAAAUUAGUUAGUGAUGACAAAAAACUUUCAGAUACUUUAAAUUAUCACUUGCUGAAAGGAACUUUAUACACUGCUGGUUUGACGAAUGGAAUGGUACUGCCAACAGUAGAAGGCAGAUCUCUAAAUAUCACAAUGAAUCCAGAUAAGUUGGUGGUAAAUGACUGUAAAAUAACAACAGCGGAUAUUUCAGUUGUCAAUGGAGUAAUCCAUGUAAUUGACACUGUUUUGUUGCCGCCUGUGGUAGGCUGAAAACUGUCAAGGGCUGGAUAUAUAAGUGCCGUCUUCUACUUCCUUGGUAGAGGCCGUUAUAAUAUUUUGAAUUUACUGUCGGGUUAAUGAUGGUAUAAAAUUGAAAACAAUGGACAAUUUAUUCUUGUGAUAAAUACAAAAGAAACUGUAUUCACCCUGUAUAUCGUCUUUGGACAAACAGUUUAUAUUUUCUAGAUAAAAAAACUAGUGUACAACAAUCACGUAAUUUAUGUUUAACGAAAUGUUAUAUGACGAACUUUUCUUUUUAAAAUUAUAUAAAAUCAGAUAAUUUGUAUGUGUGUGUGUGUUGUGUGUGUGUAAGUACAUACUAUUUUUGCAAUACUGUAAACUGCUAUUAUGAACGUCUCUUUGCAUUUAGCAUAAAGAUGUACUUAUCAUAAUACACACAUAUUAUCUU